AUGACGACUCCUGGGGCCAGUCGAGAUUGUCGUGAAACAGACCUGACAACUGAGCGGCGGUCGCUCACCACGGAGGUGUGUCCCAGUUGGGAAAAUGCUAGUCGCUCCUCCGAAAGGCAAAACGGAAUCACAGCAGCGAUGAGCACCACAGGUGUGUCAGGCAAAGGUUGGACUUUAAGAGCUGGGCCGGGUGCGGCACAGGGGGGCUGCUAUUGCUCAUCUUUGGCAUUCCUCCGCGGAUUGUCCACCUUCUACCCCCAUUCAGAGUUUGUCUCUGAGCAGCGGCUUUUCCGGACCGGUUGUGGAUCGACCAUCGUCUGUUCUGGCCUGCCUGUUCACAAUUCCACCGCCCUGCUUGUGGUGAGCUCCGGAUGUGCCAGGCACGGAACGGCACAAGUAGGCGGCUUGGUGAUGGGGGUCAAGCGGAGUUGGGGUGCGCCGGUCAGCAUGGCACGAGACACCCGGGCCAGAGCAUCAGCCAGUUGCAGGUACUGUUCGACACGGUUUUGGCAGAGGGUGCAGUAG